AUGCACAAGAAUAUAAACAAACCCAUCAUCCUUGUUGGCCAUAACCUGGGCGGCAUUCUCAUUCAGGGUGCUCUUAUUUUUUCCUCGCAGAUUUCAGAUGAGAAAGACGAGUACGCAAUACACCUCUCCACUGCCGGCGUGGUCUUCCUCGCGGUUCCGUAUCUAGAGUGUGAGUAUCCCGAGGACCCAUCAUCGAGUCUGCCUGGUACACUGGAAAAGAUUGUGCGACACUUGCGCGGUGAUGACGGGGCCAUUCUGGAAAACUUGACAUGUCGUGCCGGUACACUUUAG